AUGUCUGAAGCUUACCUUGUGUGGGCAAUCAAGGGACGACGCAUGCAGGAGUUGAUAGAAAGCAAACCAAAAAUGCGUUUCCCGUACCCUAUUUCCACCUUCUUUUUGACGACUAGACAUCAGGACUAUACUGUCAACCGCGCAUCUGUGAAGCUAGAUGCGACGUUACUAACUGCCCUUCACAUGAACAACACAAAUUCAACUUAUCGAAAUAUCAGUAUCACCCAGCGUGACGAAGGUCCACCGGUGUGGUGGAUUGGACGUACUGGGCCAGGGGUGAUUUUUAUUGACGACAUCUUCAGAUCCAAGAGAAGUGACGAUCCAUACAUGUCUGAGUUCACCAAGGCAGCCUACGAAAUGGAUUUCCCCCUGGAUAGCCUGAAGAAUGUAUUUGUAAUUAAUGUCAACGAAAAGAAUACCCUAUCGUGUGUCAGACAGGUGUACAAAGCCCGUGAGGGACUACGUUAUCCAUCCAGCACGGAGCAGACCUGGGAGCCUUCCUCACCUGAGUUCUGUGCUCUGCUAGGGGUUGGAAUAGGCAAAGUCGUUGCAGCAUUUGUUCUGUGCGCAUGGGGCCAAGAGAGAAAGCGAAUUGCGAGAAUCGUUACUUUCCACAUUGGUGCUGACGUCCACAAGCUGUACAUGCGGUUUGAUCUAGAGGAUAUGUGA